AUGACAAUCCAAGGUGUCUACCUCGAGCCUGUGCGCCUCCACACAAGCGAGUUCAAGGAGUUUGACCAGCGCUUCGGAAACAAGCUCGUCACCAUGUACGAGAUCCACUAUGCCGAGGUCGUCAACGGGUACCUCAACAACGUUGACGAGUGGGAUCACACGACCUACUACCAUGGCACCUCACACUGUGGAUGUCUUGACCGCCGAAUCGUCAACCUCGAGAACAACCGCGUCCCAGUUUAUGCGUGGUGCGAGAAUGCUUGCUGCUGCACCAGGAACAUUAUCAAUAGUGGUUUCCUCAAGGCCAAGAGUCCUCGAAGCCACUUCUUCUCUCCUCAGGUCGAGGCCGCUCGAGCAAUUGCAAUCAGCAAGACUUUUGGGACAGCGCCGGAAUCGCCCUUGCUGAGCAUCUUUGUUUGUGUCACCAGGAACCCUCAAAACGCAGUUACCCAUGACCUUGAGGACUACCAUUCUGUCCAGAACGACAACGACAUUUUGCCUGUCUACAUCGCCAUCGUGCACAAGUAG